UGUUCACAUUCCAGGAAUUUAUUGUGAGAGAUAAAAUGCCUCCGACUACUAAUUUGAUGGAAAAUGCUAAAGAAAGCUCCUAUGGUUUUGUUUAUGGCGUUUCUGGGCCUGUCGUAACAGCAGAGAAAAUGGCCGGUUCAGCAAUGUACGAGCUGGUACGUGUUGGACAUUCCGAACUGGUCGGUGAAAUUAUCCGUCUGGAAGGUGACUAUGCUACGAUUCAAGUUUACGAAGAUACAUCAGCAGUAGCAAUAGGUGAUCCUGUACUUCGAACUGGUAAACCACUGUCAGUGGAACUAGGGCCUGGCAUUAUGGGUUCGAUUUUCGAUGGUAUUCAACGACCCCUGAAAGAUAUUUUGGAGCUAACACAGUCCAUUUACAUUCCCAAAGGUGUUAACGUAGACGUGCUUUCACGUGACGCGGCUUGGCAGUUUGAACCGAACCGUAAGCUCACUGUUGGUGACCACAUUACGGGUGGUGAUACCAUCGGUUUUGUUCGUGAAAACGUUCUUAUCAACCAUCGAAUAAUGCUUCCGCCAACAGCAUGUGGCACAAUUACGUAUAUAGCAGUAGCUGGUGAAUAUCGCGUCACUGAUACUGUGUUGGAAACUGAAUUUGCUGGCGAGAAAUCCAAAUUCACAAUGCUUCAGAUCUGGCCUGUGCGUCAGCCACGUCCCUGUGCUGAAAAAUUGGCAGCUAACUUUCCUCUGCUGUGCGGCCAACGUGUCCUCGAUGCACUGUUCCCGUGUGUUCAAGGUGGUACCACUGCUGUGCCAGGAGCAUUCGGUUGUGGUAAAACUGUUAUUUCACAAUCACUAUCAAAAUUCUCUAAUUCCGAUGCGAUCAUUUAUGUUGGAUGUGGCGAACGAGGUAAUGAAAUGUCAGAAGUACUGCGUGACUUUCCAGAACUGACCAUGGAAGUCAACGGUGUUACUACAUCAAUUAUGAAGCGUACAGCCUUGGUCGCCAACACAUCAAAUAUGCCUGUAGCUGCACGUGAAGCAUCGAUUUAUACCGGCAUUACGCUUGCUGAAUAUUUCCGUGACAUGGGUCUGAAUGUUUCUAUGAUGGCUGAUUCUACAUCACGAUGGGCCGAAGCUCUUCGUGAAAUUUCUGGUCGUCUGGGUGAAAUGCCUGCCGAUUCUGGUUAUCCGGCAUAUCUAGCUGCUCGUUUGGCAUCGUUUUAUGAGCGAGCUGGUAAAGUUAAAUGCCUCGGAAGUCCAGAACGUGAAGGAUCUGUCACUAUUGUGGGUGCUGUUUCACCACCUGGUGGCGAUUUUGCUGAUCCUGUCACUUCGGCUACUCUUGGUAUUGUUCAGGUGUUCUGGGGGUUAGAUAAGAAGUUGGCGCAGCGUAAACAUUUUCCAUCAAUUAAUUGGCUAAUAUCAUAUAGCAAAUAUAUGAGAGCAUUAGAUGAAUAUUAUGACAAGAAUUUCCCAGAAUUUGUUGCCCUACGUACAACAUGCAAGGAAAUUCUUCAAGAAGAAGAAGACCUGUCUGAAAUUGUGCAAUUGGUGGGUAAAGCUUCACUAGCGGAAUCAGACAAGAUCACUUUAGAAGUAGCUAAACUGAUUAAGGAUGACUUUUUACAGCAAAACGGCUACACUCCCUACGAUCGAUUCUGUCCAUUCUAUAAAACGGUGGGGAUGCUGAAAAACAUGAUUGCUUUCUAUGACCUGGCAAAGCAUGCUGUGGAAUCAACGGCACAAGCUGAAAAUAAGAUUACCUGGGCAAUAAUUCGUGAUCACAUGGGUGAUAUCAUGUACGAGCUAUCAUCUAUGAAAUUCAAAGAUCCAGUAAAGGAUGGCGAGCAAAAAAUUAAGAAAGAUUAUGAUGAAUUACUAGAACAAAUGCAGACUGCAUUCAGGAAUUUAGAAGAGUAAGUGGUCUCUCAAAAAGUUCGCUCAAGUUUGCAUAGUUAUUUUUUCACUGUUAAAUUCAAGGAUCCAGUAAAGAUAUACAGAUGAAAACAUCAGCACUGUCUCAGUUUUGGUGAAAAUAUUUUUAAGUAAAAUAAAUCAAAAGAUAACGGAAUUUUAUGACGAAGUGACUUUGGGAACUUUAUUGUAUGAAUUUCUUUUAUUGAUUGUCCUACAUAUUCGGGCCAGCAAAAUAUGGCGGAAUUACGUGCAGUUUUCUAUUUAUUGUAAAUUUCUAGGAUUUCUACGUAAUUUAGAAUUGUAAUUAAUCGUCUUCUCAUUCAGCACAAAAUUUUUAUGUGAAAAUGAUAAAAAAAAUAUUCAUCAUUCAGAAAUGUUCAUUCCAAUUUCCUUGAUUCACUUCCACUUACUGUCUCACCUUUCACAGUGUUAAUUUUUCUUUUCUUCCUUCCUUCUCAGAUUGGAACAGAAUCUUUGUCGUGGGAAACAUCUCGUUAAGCAAUAUUUUUAGAUUUUCUGAUAUUGUUGUAUUGUGAUAAAAGAUUAGUGAUGUAUUUGAAAUAUCAGCAGUUUGUUAAUAUGUGUAUACAGAAGUAGUUUACAUCAUAUCGUUUAGAAUGUAGAUGAGUUGGAUGCACUUAAUUGAAUCCAAUUAGAAG